GAGGGGAGUGAGUUUUUGCUUGUGUUUGAUUCGGGGGAUUUCAAUGAGGAUGAUACGUUCCUCGUUACGGAUUGGCUGGCGCAUACGCCGAAGGAGGAAAUUGCCAAGGAUCCCAAUGUCAGUAUCUCUGACUUGCAAUCUUUGCCCUCGAGCGAACUCUACACCUUCCCCGGACAAGUUCCUAACACCACUCCCGAUGCAUCUCUCCCUACCUCGCCCAACGGUUUGAUCAACCCGGGCUUUUCCUUACACGCCUCCCAGGUCCCCUACACCAACCUCGCCGGCGGCCAAGUCAAAAUCAUUGACUCCCACUCCUUCCCCGUCGCAAAAACCAUCGCAAUGGCCGAAGUGAUCAUCCAACCCAGCGCCAUGCGCGAACUUCACUGGCACCCA